CGAUAAUUGGAAGGGAAAGGUUGAACUCCACACCUUCCUGUAACUCGACGAUCAAACCAUGGAAGCAAAAAAAUCAAAAUAUCGGUUUCAAAGCGAAAUCCAACAAAUGAUGUUUGUUUUCGGUGAAGUAGCUGAUCCGUUACAAGAAACAACGCAGCUUGUCGAAGACAUUGUACGAUCUCAAGUCAUUGAAAUUGUGAUUCAAGCAGCAGCUCAAGCAACACGACGCAACUCGCGAUUCUUGAGCGCCGAAGACCUGAUCUUCUUAAUGCGGCACGAUCGCGCCAAAGUCAAUCGAUUACGAUCUUUCUUGAGCUGGAAAGAUGUUCGUAAAAACGCCAAGGAUGCCUCGGGCGAUCAAGUCGAAGAUGUUGUGGAAGAAACCAACACAGGCAAACCAUCUCGAAGUAUCAUCAAGCUGCCCUGGGAAAUCGUCAACCAGUUUACCGAUGUGAUAGUUAAGUCCUCCAAUCCUGACGGCGAAGAAGAGGAGGACGAGGACGAAUUGGAAGCAUACAACGACUCGAUUCAACGAUUACGUGACGCUGACCAAGUGACACGAGCUAUGACACGAGAAGAAUAUGUUCAUUAUUCUGAAUGUCGGCAGGCAUCGUUUACGUACCGAAAGGGAAAACGGUUUCGCGAGUGGGCAAACAUGAAUGCCUUUGUGGAUGUACGGCCGAAUGACGAUAUUGUCGACAGUUUGGGAUUCUUGACGUAUGAGAUGGUCAGCAAGCUGACAGUCACUUCACUUGAAAUCGCCAUGUGCAGUAUUAACAAGGAUCACGACGAGAGCAAUAAGCGAAAACGGGAAGAGGAGGAUGAUCACGAAGAGAAUAGUAAGAAGAAGAAGAAGGAUGAUCACCAUCAUGCAGAGCAACAGCAGCCUUCAUCCAGUCAAUCUUCCUCGGAAGGGGCAACAACAGGUGGGCUAUUUUCAUUGCCAAGUACGGAGCAGAGCCCAUUGCAACCUGAACAUAUCCAUGAAGCCUUUCGAAGGUUACAGCAGCAGCCGCAACCCCUCAAAAACUUCCGUGGGGGCCUUGUGCGUACCAAAGUCUCUCUAAUAUAAUGAUAAUACAAAUCACGAACUACAACAGUAAUACUCUCUUCACUCAUACCGUAAGCAACAUAUCUGCGCCAUCAUCAUCUGUCUAUACAUCUUUGCUUUUUUCUACCAUUGUACAAAAGAUUUAAUAAACUAUCAAACCCAACUAAAGUGCCAAGAAGCAUGCUGACUGAA